UUUGAAUUUGCUGGUUUAGGAGACGUGCGCAGUCUCGACUCUUGGAGUUAGAGCGCCACGUUGCAAUAAAUGGGCGCAUUCCGAUGACGAUCGCCCCUGGAGCGGAGAAGCCUAUUUCUCCACACGCCGUUCGCUUCAGCCAGGCGAUAGGCGUGUGCGUGCGAAAGACAUUUCCCGUCCGCUGUCUUAAGUGGACGGACGUUGGGAGAGAAUACAUUGAGGUCGUCAAGGGCGACCUCCAGCGAUUCUUUGUGCUUGAUUUCAAUGAUCAAGCAAUGAACAGGUUUGUUGAGCAUCAGAUGCUCACGAUCUUUAAAGAGUUCCGGGCCGACUGUCAUAAACAUUUCAAAAAGUACAGCGACCCGGAGGAGGCUCGUGCCAACCCACCAAACGCAUUGGUUGGACGUGAUGAGGAUUGGCACUUCCUCUGCGACCAUUAUAUCAGCCGUGCAUUCCAGGAGCAAUCACGGACAAACAAGGCUGCUAGACAGAAGCAGCCUUACAAUCAUAGUAGCGGGUCCAAGUCGUUUCUACAACGACAGUAUGAGCUCGCUGAAAGAAGAGGGCAGCCGGUCGAUCGUGUGGAAUUGUUCCAGGAAACACACGUUCGAGCUGGGACAUUCGUGUCGCAAGCCGCCGAGGAUGCGCAUAAUCAAAUGCUGGAACUCCAAUCCCAGCCUAUCCCAGAGGGUAGUCAGCCACUCUCUGAGGAUGAGAUAUGCGAUCAGGUGUUGGGUAGACGACCAGGCUACUCAAAAGGCCUUGGUUGGGGACCCAAGCCGAAGGCCCGCAGAACGGCAAGUGCAAGCAGUUCGUCGACAUCUUGUUCGCAGUCCACACAAAAAGAGAUUGAAUUACAAGCUAAACUUCAUGAAGCUUUGGAACGGAUUGAAGUACAAGAUAGAAAUCACCAAGCAUUAGCUUCACAAGUGGAAGCUAUGAAAAAGAUGAUUGAAGACCUAACUCGUGCACAACAGGGACCACCACAUGAUCCCUAGCUCUGCGGACCGAAGGUGUAGAAUGACGCGCAUACGCACCUCGUUGGGAGAUUUUUCAUUAUGUUUAUGUUUUUUCUAUAUUGAGAACUAUAUUUUGUUGUAGUCAACUUAUUCGUAUUAUUAAUUUUAAUUCUAUUUUUUAAA